AUGGCGCCGGUAAUGAACACUCAAAACCUGAUGUAUGCUGCUGGGGGAGUAGCUGGAGCUCUUGUUCUAUGGUACAUCAUCAGCAACGACGGGAAACGACAUCCUCCAACGGUGCCAUUCGAUUUGAAACGUUUGGCCAUUCUGAAAGAGAGGAAGCUCAGUAUACAAACACAUGAAGAUCACAAGAAGCUUGGUCCUGUACUUCGCUUCAGUUUUCUUGGAGUCGACCAAUAUUUUGUUGCUGAUGCGCAAGCAUGUCAACGCAUUCUCGCUGGCCCAGCUCAAGAGUUUUAUCGUGACGACACGCUUCAAAACGCCUUCUCUGGCAUAGCCAAGAUGCUGCUGUUUGCGAUCCCUGCUGGUGAUCAAUGGGCUAGACACCGCAAGCUAUUAAGUCCCUCAUUCAGUCAAAUCCAAGUCCUACACGCUUUCGGUGAAACCAUCAAGGCAGUCAACACUCUGCUCGACAUCUGGAAGAGUCAUCCACGUGGGACGAUUGUGAAUCUUCACUAUGAUUUUUCCAUGAUGGCUUUGGAUGUUGUUGGAUACACUGCUGAAGGGAAGGAUUCAGAUGGAUACCACAUGGUGGAAAAGCUAUCUGACAAGGUCAUGUACCGAAUGGUCGUGCCAAGGUUCCUUUGGAGAUUCAUUGGUCUUGAGAACAGCAGCAUCGCGGAUGGAAGUGCCUACAUUCGUGAAAUGAUUACCAAAGUGUUGGAAGCCAAGAACGCAUCCACUACCAUCAAACCAGACAGGCAGAUGGAUGUACUGGAUCGCUUGCUUGCCAAGACUGAUUCUGGUGAAGCUAGAUUCACUCAAGAAGAAGUCGUCGAUGAAAUCGUUGGCUUUUAUGCUGCUGGUCAUGAAACUACAGCAAAUACUUUGACCUUUUGCUUUGCUGCCAUGCUUCUCAACCCCGAGACCAAGGCCAAACUGGUUGCUGAGAUUGACUAUGUUCUUCGUGGUGCUCCUCCAACAUACCAAGAUCUCGGCAAACUCAAGUACAUGGACAACUUCAUCAGUGAAGUGCAACGGUUUUAUGCCGUCGUAUUCAUGAUUCCUCGACGUUCUCGUGUCGACACUGAACUGUGUGGCUACCACAUCCCCAAGAACUCUCUUGUCCUCGUCAAUGUAUUCAGUACUCAUCGUGGCUCAUGGAAUUGGGGAGACGAUGCUGAGGUUUUUGAUCCAUCUCGUUUUGAUCGUCCAGUUCCUGGUGGUGCAUUCAUUCCAUUUGGAGCUGGAAAUAUGAUGUGCAUCGGACAACGUACUGCUUUGGCAGAAGUCAAAGCAUCCAUGGUUGUUCUUCUUCAGAACAUGGACUUUGAGCUUAUGCCAGGACAAGACUUUGAUCCCAUUAUUGGCGUCACCCAAGGAUUGAAAAAGGGAUUGAUGGUCAAGACCUCCCCUCUUUGA